CUCUUAAUAUUUUGCUGGUGCGCACACCCUCAGCGUGACUCUGCUGUCUGGCCGCUCUGUCGGAACCACUCUUUAAAGCACAAACCCACUCCCUUCAUACCUGGGUGACUUUUCUCCAGCUGGCAUACAAGGGGCAAUAAAGAGGACUGGACAUGUUGGAGACAUGGGAGAGAGGAAUCACCGGACUUUCCGCAUGGUGCUGUCUGCUGAUGCUGAUUCAUUCUGUGCCUCAAACAGAUGCAGCCUUGACAUGCAGCUCCACUCAGUUAAAGUGUGGGAAUGGGAGGUGCAUCACUCACAGGUGGAUUUGUGAUGGGACAGACGAUUGUGGUGAUGGAACAGACGAGUUACCAGAAACCUGUGCAACCAAAACAUGUCUUCAGUCAGAGUUCAACUGCGGCGCUCCCAUGCACCAGUGUAUACCUGGAAGCUGGCACUGUGAUGGCAAGGCUGACUGCAGGAACGGUGCUGACGAGACAAACUGCACGGCCAAACAAUGCAAAGAUGGCGAGUUUCAGUGCACCAAUGGCCAGUGUAUAUCCACCGCCUUCGUUUGCGACAAAGACAACGACUGUUCCGACGGCUCAGACGAGGCUUCCUGCCCCAAACCCACCUGCAGCUCUCUCUCUUUCCAGUGUCACAACUCAGUGUGUGUCCCGGCGCUGUGGCGCUGCGACGGAGAUCGUGACUGUGCCGAUGGGUCUGAUGAGUGGCCGGAGAACUGUGAGGGGCGGACACAUGUGAAGACAGCGGUGACCUGUGGUGUCCAUGAGUUCCAGUGCACGAGCGGGGAGUGUAUUAACAACAGCUGGAGGUGUGAUGGAGGCAUGGACUGCCAGGACCGAUCGGAUGAGGUCAACUGCAGUCUUCCCACAUGUGGUCCAGAUCAGUUCCAGUGUAAUGAUGGUACCUGUAUCCAUGGCAGCCUCCAGUGUGACAGACAGCAUGACUGCAGGGACCUCAGUGAUGAAAUUGGCUGUCACAUAGAUAGUGUAUGUGAAGGCCCCACCAAGUUCAAGUGUAGAAGCGGGGAGUGUAUCAGCAUGGAGAAAGUGUGCGACAAACAGAGGGACUGCAGGGACUGGUCUGAUGAACCUGUCAAAGAGUGUGGCAACAACGAGUGCUUGAUCGACAGAGGCGGCUGCUCCCAAAUCUGCAAUGAUCUAAAGGUUGGCUACAACUGCUCCUGCCAUUCUGGAUACAGACUGAAGAUGGACAAUAAAACCUGUGAAGACAUUGAUGAAUGUGCUGUGCCGGACACUUGCAGUCAGAUCUGCAUCAACCUACCCGGCAGCUACAAGUGUGAUUGUGAGACCGGCUAUGAGAUCGACCCAAUGAGCAAGACGUGCAAGGCUGAAUCAGGCACUGUGCCCACCCUCUACUUCACCAAUAGACAUGAGGUGAGGAAGAUGACAGUGGACCGAAGGGAGUACAUCCGUCUCAUCCCUGAGUUGAAGAACGCGGUGGCUUUGGACAUAGACGUGCCCAACAAGAUGAUCUUCUGGUCUGAUCUGUCCCUGAAGAAAAUCUACAGCUCCAAGUUAGAUGUGGCCAGUGAGUCCUCUCAACAUACUAUAGUGAUUGGGAGUGGGAUUGAGGCGCCAGAAGGCAUUGCAGUGGAUUGGAUCCAUGGCAACAUCUACUGGACUGACAGCAAUUUAAGGACAAUCUCUGUGGCAACGACAGACGGCAGCAAGAGGAGAACCUUGAUCAAAGAAAACCUGGACAAGCCCAGAGCCAUCACAAUUGACCCAGUAAACAACUUUAUGUAUUGGACAGACUGGGGUGAGGACGCCAGGAUAGAGAGGAGUGGGUUGAAUGGAGCUGAUCGCACUGUGCUGGUGACGGAUGGCAUCGUGUGGCCUAAUGGCAUCACCCUUGACAUGAAUAACCAGCGUCUGUACUGGGUGGACUCCAAGUUGCAUACCUUGUCCAGUGUUGAUAUGAAUGGGGGAACUCGACAUAAUCUAAUUCACAGUGUAGAGAAACUCUCCCACCCUCUCUCUCUGGCUGUGUUUGAGGAGAAAGUGUUUUGGACAGACAUGACCAACAGCGCUGUUUUUAGUGCCAACCGCCUGACAGGAAAGAACAUCACCAAGCUAGCUAUGGACCUGGUCCAGCCAGAAGACAUUGUACUGUACCAUGACCUCAAGCAGCCAAUCGGUACAAACUGGUGCAGAGAGAGAAACAGUAUCAAUGGAGGUUGUGAGUUUCUGUGCCUACCUGCCCCUGUUAUCAACCAGCGCUCCCCCAAAUUCACUUGCGCCUGUCCUGACAACUCAACCAUGGCAUCUGAUAUGAAGAGAUGUGUGACUGCCUCAGUUGCCCCUCCUCCUGAGAAGAAAACUGUUGCACCUCUUCCACCCAAAGCUCCAACAGAGGCUACCAAGCCCGUUCAGCCUCUUCCUACCACAACUACAGCUACCACCAGAGCUCCAGAAAAACCCCAGAGUGCCUCAUCUAGCCAACCCACACAGAGCACACAGCAGCCUGCUGCCACUGCUCAAGGUAACAGAUUAGCAGCUUUGCCUGAAGAAGCUCCCUCAUCCCAUCCUAUUGCACUAUAUGUUGUGUUGCCAAUAAUGAUGCUGGCCCUGCUGGUCUUUGGAGCAAUGUUACUAUUGAGACACUGGCGUCUGAAGAACACCAACACUAUCCACUUUGACAACCCUGUGUAUCAGAAAACCACAGAGGACGAGCUCCACAUCUGCAGGACCAGCUCCGAUGGCUACGUGUAUCCUCAGAGGCAAAUACUAAGCAUGGAGGACAUGGAUGUUGCAUGACCCAAAGAUGAAGAAGACACCACCUUUAUUUUGAAGUGAUUUUGUUUAAUGCAAAUGUGACGCAACUAAGGCCAUUAUUUUCCACUGCUGCUGCUGCUGCUUAACAGCCCCCCCCCUUCCCCGUGGUGACCUCAUUCUGUGGCUUAUGUUUCUGACCUCAGCACUGUGCCGUCCAAGUCUGAAGAAAGAACAAAAGAAAAAAGAAGAUCUUCAAAACUUCAGCAUGAAAAAGUAACUCUAGGAAGCCAUUUGGUCUGACCAUAAACUGGUUUCUAAAUGAAGGACUAAUGCCAGUUUCUGAAGACACUGAUCUUAACCUCAGAGCCUUGCCUCUUUUGAAGCUAGCUGAAAAUUGUCCAUAGAAGCAUUCUGGUCUGUGAAGCAGAUGUUUGAAUACUUCAACACCAACACACAGUUUGACUGUUAAUUACUUCAUUAUAUAUGACAAGAGUGACAUGUUUAGCCAGUUUAACUUGAAAAGCCUGACCCUUUUUGUCUUAAGUCACACCUGUGCCUUCCAACCACACUCUUAUCAAGUGGAGUCUAUUGGAUGAAGUCCUUACUGACCCCAAUACAUUGAAAUCAGCCUCUGCGGUAGUUACUAUUUUUUAGCUGUGAUUAACAUUAUUGUUGUACAUAAAUGUGUAAUUGUAAACUUCUUUAUUCCAUGGUACAGAUUUGCACCUUUGGUGGCUCCAAUAUCAGAGGCAUUUGUCUUCACUAUCAUGCAUCAUAGUCUAUCUAAAUCUUAAAUCACACUUAACAAAGUGCUCUUAGCUUCAAACAGGUUACAUGUUGGAGUGUGGAGAGUCACAGAUGGUUUACAUUUUAAGUGAAAAUGCUGCAGAGUUUUAUGAAGUCAACCAAAAUGAAGAAAGUUGAGUGAAGAUGUAAUUGUAGCUGAUUACUUAUAAAACACUGUACAUAGUUCCUGUAAAUACUUUGUAAAACACUCAUGUUCAGUUCGGUGUUUUUUACAUUUGUAAAUUUAAUUGGAGAAUUAUUGUAAAUAUGUUAGAGAUUCCUUUAUUUAUUUAUGGAAAUAUCUAAGAGAGGGUCAUCGAUUAUUGUCAUCUGGAUCUAAAUACAGUAAUGCUACAGAAAAGCACCUUCGAUGGUGAUGUUUGUUCUAGCUAAACCUGUUUGAUUCUCACAUUUUACAGCUGUUAUUUAUCCAAUGUUCAAUCAAACCUUUGGACACCUGCUCAGCUCUGUGUGUUUAAGGCACUGCAGAGUAGUGCUCGUUGUUACAAACUGAAGACGCUGUCUUUGUUCCUUACACUUUUUUAGUGAUCAAUCAAAUAAUUUAUUUUGCUGUUGCCUUUUUGUUUGUAGGACUUAUUUUUUCACUGUGAAAUUAAGGCACAUACUGAGGGUGUUCAAUGCAGGUGGUUCUUUGUCACAGCAAACUGUAUGUAUAGAACCAAGAUGAUGCACAGGUGCCUGCUUGACAAUGCACAUUGCCUUGUUUGUCUUUGGUUGUAUUUAUCUUUUUUCCCCCCUUUUUCUAAAAUAAAAGAAAGAAACGUA